UAGGUCAAGGAAAAGGGCAUUCCCUACAGGACGGUACCGACCGUAAUUGUGAUGCAAUGGGAUGUGACAGCCGGUGAGAUCUCUGGAGAUUUGCCUAGCUGAGGUCAGGCUGUAGUUGCCGAGACAUCUGUGGACAUGGGUGGAAACAUGAGAAAGUGCCGCCAUCAAGCUGGACGAACAGCAAGAAAGAGAAGGCAAAAUUGUGAAAGCCCUGUUCAGACAGUUUCUCUCUGCCACCAAUCACAGUACGUACGGCUUAUGAAGUUUCUUCACCAACAACAAUUCACCUCAACCCCUCUGCAGCCAGUCCUCUUCACUGACACAGGCAGAGGACUCCAGUCUCUCAAAACUAUAAAGCCAGGGGAGCUUAUUAUUUCUCUGCCGGCAUCCUGUCUUCUUACAACCUCCACUGUUCUGAACAGCUAUCUGGGCCAGUACAUCAAAAGACGGAAACCUCGUUGUUCUGCCUUGUUGGCGCUGUGUGUGUUCCUGUUGUGUGAACGGCACAGAGGAGAGGCCUCUGAUUGGUUUUCCUACAUUAAUGUUCUGCCCAAAUCCUACACCUGCCCAGUCUAUUUCACCGACGAUGUCAUGGCUGUUCUGCCUGCCUCUUUGCAACGCCAAGCAUUUGUACAAAGGGAAACGCUACAAGAACUUUACUCAUCCAGUCACGACAUAUUCAGAUCAUUACAGCCAGUCCUGAGCCGACCAGCAGAGGAGGUGUUCACAUAUGAAGCUGUCAGGUGGGCAUGGUGCAGCGUCAACACACGCUCUGUCUUCAUGGCCCACCCUUCCAACGACUUCUUGUCUGGAGAAGAUGUUUAUGCUCUCGCUCCAUAUAUGCAUUUGUUCACUCAGGUGAAAGCAGGUUUCAAUGAUGUGACUGGAUGUUACGAAAUCAGAAGUAUUCCUGGAAUCCGGCGCUACCAGCAGGCCUUCAUAAACUAUGGAUCCCAUGAUAACCAGCGCCUGUUGCUGGAGUAUGGCUUUGUCGCCCCCGGAAAUCCCCACAGUGUGGUCUAUGUGGAUGAAGAUCUUCUCUGUGACAUUAUGAGAAAUGACAAGAGUUUGAAACAGAAGAUGAAGUUCCUCAGGGAGAACAACCUCCUCCAAAACCUGACAAUAUCUAGCGAUGGUCCCAGCUGGAGAUUGAUGACGGCACUUAGACUGUUUUCUAUGCCACAGACGCUGUAUCACCAGUGGAAGUCAGUGUUGCUUGGCCAGGCCAUUUGUGAAGAAAUGGAGGAAUGGAGUGUUUCAAUGGCCGAGCGGCUCUGUCAGCAAAUACUACGUGGCACAACCACAUCUCUGUAUAAGAUCACCGAUCUCCUGCUGCGGUGUGAACCGUCCGUCAGGGAGCAGUUGAAUGCGGUCCAGUCGCUGCGUCAGGAGGAGAGGUGCAUUCUAACAAGUUGUCUUGAAGUUUUGAAAGGCUUGAGGAGAAGGUCCGAAGAGCUGCCACUUAAACCCAGUGUUGACUGUGUCAGCUGACAUCUGAUUGGUUCAUUCACCUGCUAGUUGUACGGUGGCUGUCUGUUGGCCGUGCCUGACGUCUGUGUGGUCCGGGCAGUGGCUGGAUGACCAGGUCAGGAUUGAUGAAGUUAUGCUGCAAUACAGAGCUAUAGCUCUUCAUCAGUAUGGUGGCAGGAAUAUAUGAAAUACAUAUGUUCCGUUGCUUAGUGUCAGGAGAGGCAGAGUGUCAAAGGGGCAUUUUAAUCAGGGCAAGAGGAAAAAUGUGUCAGUAAUAAUUUAGGCCAUGACACAAACCCCAGUGGAAUAUUGGCCAACUGCAGUACAUUUUAGCACUGAGCCUUUUUUCAAUAAUGUCAAAAUAGACUGUAUGCAAGAAAUUGACCAAGUCCUCCUCUCAGAGACAUGACAAUGCUGAUAUGAAUGGAUUAGGGAUUAUUUAUACUUCUAAAUAACUAAUUUAGAAAUGUAACUGUUGAGUUUUCUCAGCGUGGAUGCAGGUGAAGCCGCUCUCACUUUAAGUCAACGAUGGAGCAUAAUAAUUUUAUCGCUAUUACUAAGAUGGGCCACAGCCCACACUAGGCUCAGGCGUGCACUCUUAAGUGGUAACUUUGCUACAAUCCCAGCAACACUGUCUGUGCACUCCUCAUUAUAGCCACUGUCAACAUCCUGUUUUCACCAUUAUUUCCAAUUGGUCAGUGAGAUCAUUACCAUAUAAAACUCAACUUAUUGUCACGCAAUAUGUCUAUUUUAAGUCCAUCGGUAAAAGUGACAGAACAAAGAGGAAAAUUAGAAAUGACUGAUUCCAUUUUUAUUUUAUUUUUUUUAUUUCUUAUGAAUUGUGAGCCACCUAGUGGCCACUUCUGGUAAGCAGGACUGGCGCUUAUCAGUUCUGCUUACAGAACAGAACCAUCAUCAUACAUCGAUUCUGUCCACAGGUUUUGCGUUUUGUGAUUUUUAAAAAGAAAAUGAGUAAGCACCCACUUACUUUGUUUAACUCCAACUUAAAUUAUAAGGCUUUGUUGUUUGGUGAUUUUAAUAAUUGAAAGCUAAAAUAUAAAACAGUCCUACAUAUAAACCAAAGCGAAAGCUCUAUUUACUUAUUUAUUAGCUUCUAUUUAGCUUUUCGGGUCAAUGUAGAGUCAUAUCUUAGAAUUACAUUGACUUACUAAGUAUAAGAAAAUGUCUCAGGUUCAACUUUCUUCCCAAACAGCAGCAACAUCGUUAUUGUUAAUUAUGAUCAAAUUUAUACAUUUAAGUUAUGAGUAUAAUAAGUGAUACUAAAUAAUAAUAAUAAUAAUAAUAUGCAAAAGAAAUCACAAUAUUCAAAAAUGAAAUCAGUGAAUAAUGAUCAGUUAUCACAGCUGAACAACAGCUUUUUUUCUCUGCUGGCACUGGACGGUCUCCAUGGCAACUGUGGCUUGGUAAAGCGGGACCGCCUCUUCAGGCUGAGGUCUGGAGACAAAUAAAAGAAAAGUGGGCACAGU